CACCUGUAUUCAGGUUUGGUAUCAAUAUGCUUGGGGCCAAUUUAAAACAAAAUAAUUGAGACAUACUAUAUGAACCAAUUUCAAACAUUAGCAUCAAUUUAAUUGUCACUGCACAUGUACUUGAUCAAUUUAAAAGCAAGUUUUCAUUUUGCUCAUUUAAUUGGAUGUAAGCAUCAUCAGUUCAUUCUAUUCUGUAUCUAUACAUGCCACAAUCAAAUAUUUCAAAAUGUGGUCAAUCGUAAGACAAUACCAGAACAAUAAAAUCAUUUUGUCUUUAGUAGGCAUACAAUGGAUGAUUUUACUCAUGUAUAUCUUUCUCACAACACAUCAAGAUAUGUGCCUACAGCGAAGGAUCAACAUUAAGGAUUCUACUGAAUAUAUAAACCUAACAGAAAAUACAAAGAAAAUACAAACAGGAUCAUUUAACACAAAUAAAUACACAGAGCUGACACAAAAGAUAUCUAGGUUGGAAAAAUCUCAAUCUGAAACAAUUAAGAAUCCUGCUAUUGGAGCAAAUGCUAAAGAUGGAGAGACAAGGGGAAGGUUUAUCAAUGAAACUAAACCACAAAUCUGUGUAGUGUCACUAGGUCUAGGAAUUGGUAAUCGAAUCUUCCAAUUUGCUGGAAUAUUUGGAAUCACAAAUGGUACUAUUUUGCCAACAUUUUCAAAAACUGCCACAACUCUAAUGGAUACUUUCAAUAUUACACUUCCAGAUAAAAGCAUGUCCUCAAAGUGUGAGAAACAAGUCAAGGAAAAAUACUGCUGCGUGUAUGAUAAAACAUUCACACAGGCUAACUUGGAAAAUCUCUCCAUCAGACCUUAUUUCCAAACUUGGAGAUAUUUCCAGCACAUGGAAUCAAAGCUCAGAUCCGCUUUGAAAUUCCAUGAGAAAAUAUUACAAACAGCACGAAUGAAUCUUAAAAAAUUGGGACUGAAUAAAACUGACACAAUGGUGAAUAUUCACAUUCGGCGUGGAGAUAUGCAAUUUUAUGGAAAAUAUGGAUUUAAGGUUGCACCAAUGAGUUACAUUAACCAUAGCAUGGAAUACUUCAAAAAGAAAUAUCCAACUGCCAAGUUUAUUGUAUACUCUAAUGACAUGGUAUGGUGUAAAGCCAAACUAGCUGGCAAUGAGAGACUUGUGUUUGCAGAGAACAACUCAGUGGCUGUUGACUUGGCUAUGGCAUCAUUAGGGACACAUACCAUAAUGACUGUAGGGACAUUUGGGUGGUGGCUGGCCUGGUUCACAGGGGGAGAGACUGUAUAUUACAAAGACUGGCCUAUACCUAACUCACCUCUUGCAAAGUCAGUUAAACAUGAAGAUUAUUUUCAUCCCAAUUGGAAAGGAAUGAUAUAAUUAGUAACAUCCAUUAACACUCACAUUGUUUUUACUGAUCACUUUAAUUAAAUUAUUAAAGCUUGUGGCUUGCUCUAUGUAUCUUACUUGUUAGUUUUCUGUGAAUAUUAUUCCAAAUACAUGUUUGUUUUAGGAGUUGAAAUGGUUUACUGAGAUUCUAAAUGGUACCUUUGUACUCUCUGUUGUCCUGAAGAGUAUACAUAUGCAGGGGCGUAGGAAGGUGUAAAUUCAACACUACGCCAAAAAUCCCGCCAAAAAUAUGAAACAAUUGUGUCAAUAUUCUAUAUCAAAACGCCUAUUUUAUGCUCGUAAAACGUCAUUUUAUGGUAACAGAGAUUUUAAG